AGAAGUUAUUAAAAAUAUUCUUCGGAAAAAAAUCCUCAACAAAACACGAUUGUUUCAGCGGAAACCAGGACAUUUUCUCAGACUCCCUUGCAGAGGGCCCUGAUAGAGUAAUAAACAUGUUAACCGUAAGAACCCCAACCAAUUUCAUAGCGCAGUUUCUGGUAAUAACUCUCAGUAUAGAGCGGAUAGUCCUCUUGCAAGACCCAAUUUGGCAAACUGCAGGCUCCAUGUGGGGCCUCCAAAGGACACAGUGGGGCACUAAUUCCUGGUUGAGAACAAAGGCCGAUUUAGAGGAUCUGCAGAAAGGGAUGCACAGAACAUGCCUCGGUCUUCCCUAUGCUUGCAGCAGGCCCUCCAUAGACGCCGGUUCCUCAAGAUCUAAAGUACCAAACAAACUAAUUGUUUUAAAACCCAGUACAACAAAAGAUAGUAAAAACAAAAACAGUAUAACAAUUACAUAGCAUUUGCACUGGGUUAGGUGUCAUAAGGUAAUUUAGAGACUAUUCACAGUACACGGGAGGUUGUGCAGUUACAUGCGAAUCCUACGCCAUUUUCUACAAGGGACUUGAGCAUCCCAGACUUUGGUGUCAGCGAGAGCCCUGGAGCCAAUCAAUCCCCCUCCGAUACCAAGGGAGAACCGUUUUGCUUCUCUCACCGCGGCUUUGACUGACAGCGUGUUGGGAUUCGCUGACCUCCACGAGAAAGCUCGGCACCGUGCAGAGACGUUUUCCCAGGACCGGAUCUCUCCCGGGUGAGCGAAAACAGAGCGGCUCGGUCCAACAAAACAGAGCCUAGGGCCGGGAAUUACGGCGAAGCCACCCCCUCCCGCCGUCCCCCGGCGCACAGAUCCCCGGCACCGCUGCUCUUGAGGUCGCCUCUCGAGUGUUCGCCUCAUCGUCGGAACGGCGCCUCCUGCAAGUUUAAAUAAGCAACGCUGGGAAUCCGUUCGUCGGGAUUAAAUGGUGAGCUGGCGCGCUCCUGCCGGUCUCCGGCCUCCGUUUGCUCUUCCUGGGGCUCCCUCCAGACCUUUCCCUUAGCCCCGGUGCAAUGCCUUCCGGGCGUCCCCAGACCAGACACAGGCCAAAGCCACCGCAGAAUCCGGACGCCGCGGGUUGGGGUCUGAAUUCUCCCGGGGACUAUGGCGUAGUGAUGAAGGGGGAAAAAAAAAGGGUGAGAGUGAGAGGGACCUGAGAAGGAAGAAGAGGAAAACAGCAAAGAAAUGACGAAAUGUCGAGAGGGCGGGGACAAUUGAGAACGCUUCCCGCCGGCGCGCUUUCGGUUUUCAAUCAGGUCCGAUAGUCUUGUAUAUCAGGGGAAGGCGGCCCUCGCCCUGACAGAAGCUGUCUUCCCUGCUGUAGCGGUCAUGUCUGGCAGAGGAAAGGGCGGAAAAGGCCUCGGCAAAGGGGGCGCUAAGCGCCAUCGCAAGGUCUUGAGAGAUAACAUCCAAGGCAUCACCAAGCCGGCGAUCCGGCGCCUAGCUCGGCGUGGCGGCGUUAAGCGGAUCUCUGGCCUGAUUUACGAGGAGACCCGCGGUGUGCUCAAGGUGUUCCUGGAGAACGUGAUUCGGGACGCAGUCACCUACACGGAGCACGCCAAGCGCAAGACCGUCACGGCCAUGGAUGUGGUAUACGCGCUCAAGCGCCAGGGGCGCACCCUGUACGGCUUUGGAGGCUAGGCCGCCGCUCCGGCUUUGCACGUUUCCAUCCCAAAGGCCCUUUUUAGGGCCGACCACUUGCUCAUCUGAGGAGCUGAGCACUUGACUAAGUAAAGUACAACAGUAACUAUGUUGGAACGUAACUUUGCCAGUGGGGCGGCAAUCGCAUCUGAAGUUAACAGAAAGCUGGUGUCCAUAGAACUCGCAGCCUUAAAGGACUUCAGUCGUGGACCUUUUGCUUGCCUGGGCUUAUUUUACCCGUUUUCGAUGCGAAGGGUUGAAUGUGCUCUAGGUUUCAGCGCUGCUUUUUCGUUUCGCUCUUGUGCAGUGUAGGCACAUCUACGGGGAAACAAAUGUAAUUUGCACUGGCAAUUUAAACGUGACUUGCUGUGUAAUCUCACUAUUCGCUCAGGCAACGUGGGGAAAGCUGCCUUAGAUCUUCAGUACAGAGAUGCUGGCUCUCACCUGAUACGUUCAGGUUUCGUCAAUUAACCUUUUUGGCCUUCAUUUUCCCCUCUACCUAACCAGCGGGUGGACUACGUGCCUUAGUGUAAGGGUCCAUUCAUGUUAUAUGGUGUCUUAAGACACACACUCAACUCACUUCAAAUAAAAGCGUGAGUUUGCAGA